AAAAGAGAUUUUGGGGGGUGGGAAAUUAGGGACCCUCCUGGGUCAGCUCAGAGGCGAGAGAUCAGCCAAAUAUGGAGAAACUGGUUUUAAUUCAUCUUCUUUUAAAUUCUUGCAAGGGGCCGCCAAGGAGGCAGGAUGGGCAGGUGUGGUCUGCCUUUCCAAAGUCCUUCCAACUCUUGUGCCCAGAACUGAAUGACAGCAACCAUAGGAAUAGCAUCAGUACUGAGCCUAAAGCUCCUGUUGGCUGCAUCCAGGUCACGGUGUCCAACCCCUUUCAUGUGGUGAUCCUCUUCCAGCCGGUGACCCUUCCCUGCUCCUACCAGGUAUCAACACUGCCCACUGCCCCCAUCGUCCUCUGGAAGUAUAAGUCCUUCUGCCGGGAUCGCAUCGCCGAUGCUUUCUCCCCAACCAGCACGGACAGCCAGCUCAAUGCCCAGCUUGCUGCUAGCAACCCAGGCUACAACCCUUAUGUGGAGUGUCAGGACAGCAGCCGAACAGUGAGGGUGGUGGCCACAAAGCAGGGGAACGCUGUGACUCUGGGCGAAUUCUACCAAGGGCGACGGAUCACCAUCACUGGGGAUGCUGACCUGACCUUUGAUCAGACUGCCUGGGGAGAUAGUGGCGUCUACUACUGCUCUGUGGUUUCUGCCCAGGACCUCCUAGGCAACAACGAGGCUUACGCUGAGCUCAUUGUCCUUGGCAAGACCUCAGGGGUGGCUGAACUCUUACCAGACUUUCAGAUAGGGUCCAUGGAAGAUUGGCUCUUUGUGGUCAUCGUUGUCCUAGCUGCCCUGUUAGUCUUCCUCCUCUUGGGCAUCUGCUGGUGCCAGUGCUGCCCCCAUACGUGCUGCUGCUACGUACGCUGUCCUUGCUGCCCGGACAAAUGCUGCUGUCCCGAGGCCUUGUAUGCUGCUGGUAAAGCUGCGACCUCCGGAGUCCCAAGCAUUUAUGCACCCAGUGUCUACGCACCCAGCACCUAUGCUCACCUCUCUCCAGCCAAGGCUCCUUCCCCUCUACCCAUGAUCCAGAUGGCUCCUGUCCACAAUGGCUUCGCAGGGGAUUUUGACCGACAGAGCUCAGUUGGUGGCCACAGCUCCCAGGUGCCCCUUCUUCAUGACACAGACAGUACUAGAAACUCAGAAGUACGAAGUGGUUAUCGCAUCCAGGCAAACCAGCAGGAUGACUCUAUGAAAGUGUUGUACUACAUGGAGAAGGAGCUCGCUAACUUUGACCCUUCCCGGCCUGGCCUGCCUAAUGGCCGGGUGGAGAGGGCCAUGAGUGAAGUGACUUCCCUUCAUGAAGAUGACCGGGGCUUCCGGCCCCACCGAGGCCCUGCCCUCACCCCCAUCCGAGAUGAAGAUCUGGACUAUCGCUCCCAAAGAAGCCCAAGAGGAUGGGAGUCUGAGCGAGAACGUUCCCGGGAUCAGAAUGGAGGCUGGGGACCCAGGCGGCCACGGGCCCACUCGAUGGAUGCCCUGGAUGACUUGGGCAGACCCAGCUCCGUGGAAUCGGGAAGGACAUCCCCUUCAGAAAGGAGCCGGGCGCGGGCUUAUGCACCUCCCCGAAGCCGCAGCAGAGAUGAUCUCUACUCCCGGCCUGGAGACCCCUACUAUGAUGAUCACAGGUCCCGGGGCAGACCCCUGGAUGAUGCCCGUCGGGACCCACGUGGGAGCCACAGCCGGUCCAGAGACCCCGAGUAUGAUGGGCGGUUCUUGGAAGAUGUGCUGAGAAAAAAGGAGGUGGGGGAGAGGAGAAGACCCCACAGGGAAGAAGAACCUUAUUACCCCCCGGCCCCACCUCCCUACACUGAAACGGAGUCAGUGUCUUCCCGAGAGAGGAAGCUCAGGAAGAACCUAGACCUGAGCCGGGAAAGCCUGGUGGUCUGACCCGACGAGGUUCUCCUCGACUUUUGUAUGUUUUUUUAAAUGUGUGUCUGGGGGGGAGGGGGAGGAGAGUCUCUUCUGAUUAUGCUGAAUAAAGUUUUUAAUCACUUGG